AAAAUAAAACAACAAAUAAUAAUUAAUUCGAAUCGAUUUCGGCCAUAUGAUGAAACCACGUUCCGGUGUCAGCACCAUGUCUGCGGCUUGGGGUUAUAAACGUCACUUACAGUUGUGCUGUGUGGCAGCCAGUAGUGUUUUCAUUUUGGGCUUUCUAAGUACGGCCGGUGCUAAGCCCACCCUAACAUUUAGUUUUCCACAAAGUCUGCAGGGUUUUCCCACGUUUACAUCGUUCACACAGCAAAUUAUCGAAAAUCGGAGUGCGAGACAAAUGAAAACGUAUAGUGGAAAACGUUUAACAAACGAUUCAUUGAUAAUGAUUUAUUAUCAUGAUUCGACAAUUGCGGUUACCGAAUUGGGGCCACAGAAGCUUUUGCUGGGGUGUGAACUGAUAGAAAUUUACAAUGAACAGGAGGGCAAAAUGUUACUACGUAAUCUUUCCAGAUAUAAUCGCCCUUUGGAAAUCAAAUUCAAUGAAAUGCUUAAGUUAAUGAAUCAAUGCGAACGUGUUGAUAAACUUACUUAUGCCGCCCGUAAUACGGGUAAAUCAUCCGAUACAGCGGUCACAGACAGCAAUUCACAGAACAGUGUGGCUUUAAAUUUAGCAGCGAAUAUAUUUCCAAAGAGUCCACUGUCCAUAUUGAGUGGUAUUAUACCAGGCACUAAAUGGUGUGGCACCGGUGAUAUUGCUGAAACUUACAGUGAUUUGGGUACUGAAAUGAAUAUGGAUCGCUGCUGUCGUCAACACGAUUUGUGUCCGGUUAAAAUACGAGCCUAUCAAAACAAAUACGAUUUAAACAAUGAUUCUCUAUAUACAAAAUCCCAUUGCAUUUGCGAUGAUAUGCUAUUUUCCUGCUUAAAAAUGACCAACACUUCGGCUUCCCAGCUAAUGGGUUCGAUUUAUUUCAAUCUGGUGCAAGUGCCCUGUUUGUCGGGCGAAAAUAAUCGUUAUCAAUUUAGAGCGGCCAAAGAGGGUUUCUGAGGAUUUCAAAAAUUCAGUCUCUUUGGAUAAAUGGGACUUUAAUUGUAUAUAAAAUUUAUAUUUUUUUUUAAAAAACUAGAACAUAGUGUUAUACUUAAUUAAAAAGUAUGUAAUUUUCCAUGUUAUUUUUUGUACGUAUUGUAUUAAAAUUCGAUAAAAAUAGAAAGAAAAAUAUUUAAUAGUUUAAAAAUUGUUGGUUUUAAAAAACUCUGAGUGCUCUGUAUGAUUUUUUUCUUUUUGUAUUUUAUUAAAAAAAAACAAGAAUUUAUGUUAAAAUGUUUAACAAAUAAAAUAAAUUAUUAUUUAUUAUAAAAAUAAACAAAAUUAAAAAAAAAAAUAUAA